AUGCUUGAAGAGGAGUCUUAUAAAUUUACUAAGGAUAUUAUUAAAGAUGGGCACUUUGAAGAUUCCGCUGUUUAUGGAGUACAGAUUAUCGAUGAUUUUUGGAAAAAUUAUUUUUAUUUAAACCACCGACGACUUCUUGUAUUAAAAGACAAAAUCGAUCGAGAAGAGCUGUGCCCUCAGUCCAGUUAUGGGUCCACCAAAAUAUGUCUUAUUUCAUUUGUCAUUUCCGUUUCUUUGCAAGAAAAAACUACGUUAGAAAAGCGUUUUGUCGAUUUUAUCAAAGUAAACAUUGAAGUAGUGGACAUGAACGAUAACCCCCCAAUAUUUCCAUCAGAUUCGGUCGAGUACAACGUUUCAGAGAAUUCAAAAAUUGGGGACAUUAUUUUAUUGGAAAGGGCGAUUGAUGCGGACGGUUGGAACCAUUUUUUGAAAAGUUAUAAACUUGAACCAGCAAGUCUGGUCGAAUUUCCCUUUGAACUGUCGAAUAAACAAGAUACAUUUCUCAAAAUAACAAAACGAUUAAUUCUCCAGGAAUACAAUUUUAAUCUUGUUGCGAGUGAUGUGAUCCAUGAAACCAAAUUGGCAGUGAAAAUAAAAAUAAAAAAGUCAAACUCGGUUAUUCCUAAAUUUUCCAACUCGACUGAUUUUAUAUUUGUGGAUGAAAACACGCAGAUUGGGGCACUUUUAUAUCACGCAAAGACAAACAUGAUGAAUAAAGAUGACAUGUUUAUAUAUUCCUUUGGUAUGGACAAAACAACCGACAAAGCAAAAGCAUUUUUCACAAUAAAUCACACGAGUGGAAUUAUUUCACUUAAAAAAAGUCUUGACUUUGAAGCAAUUCAAAGUUUUGAGAUGGUCAUUGUCGCUCAUAUCAAACAUGAUAACAAAAAAGUAGGAAAAAUGAAACUUGUUGUCAACGUUCUUGACGUGAAUGACAAUUCCCCAGUCAUUAAAGUAAUCUCGAAACAUCAAAAAGUAAAACAACUCAAUGAAAAAUCAUUCUUUGUACCAGAAAAUGAGCCCAUAAACACCGCUCUUCUUUACAUUGCAGUCAGUGACCGUGACUCGAAGGAAAACGGUCGAGUUACAUGUCACGUAAGCGAAAACAGAUUUCUUUUUUUACAAUCAAUAACUCGCAACUUAUUUGCUCUGAUUUUGACAAAAACAGUUGAUUUCGAAAAUUGUGAAAAAUUUGAUGCAACAAUGAUAUGUCACGACCAUGGAAAAGAGCAAAAAAUUAAAAAUCUAAUUUUUGACUUUUUCGUUACUGACGUGAAUGACAACCGACCGUUUUUUACACAAACACGUUACGAAACAAUACUGUGGAUACAAAAAGUGGACUUGAAGGAAUAUCCAAUUCUCACUGUGAAUGCAUUCGAUCAAGAUCGAGGCACAAAUUCAGAUAUUUGUUAUUCAAUUUUAAAUUCACAUGACACUCCAUUUGAAAUUGACAAUUAA